CUUCUGUUGUUACAUUUGGUGUCGCUGCCUACCGACAAAUGGAAAGCCUAUGCCCUGCUGUUUUUGAUGGAGACAUAUGGAUCUUCGGGCAGGACUUCAAGGCUUCUGCGCAGUUCACUGGCGUUCAAGAUCUGUCAGCGAUGGAGCUGCUACUUGGGACGCGGCUGGGAGGUCGGGUGAAAGCAGCAUAUGAAAGUGUGAGCCGAAGUAUGGACGAAUGUUCGACAGGGUCAGGCAAACAGUUUCCAAAGUGGGAAGGACCAUAUAUGGUCACUUCGAGAUGGGGUUACGUAGACACAGUCGCAAUGGCGAACAAUAAGAGGCGCGUGAACGUCAGCGAGCUCCAGAAAUGGAUACAGCGAGACAAGCCAACGAUGACGCUUGCACCAAGUAGAUCAAGCCGACUUCAGUCGCACGUAUUUGACGGGGGGACGAGUGUGGUGAGAGCAGGCUGCUAGCCGAUUGGUUGACACUAAUCUACGUUAAGGUCUAGGUCACUAAUAUGGGCCGUGAGAAAAUAUGAACAAGGCUGAGUCAACAACCAAUCACAGCAAAGUUAACGUGGCAAAAUAUGAUUCGCAGAUAGAGAACUCUAUUUGUCAAGGAAUCCCGAAA